AUGGAAAGUUUACAGAGGUUGGUUGAUCCAGCUAGAGAACAGCAAAGUGAAAAAAACAUGACUGUGCCUACUAUAAAGACGGAAUUCCAUAACAUAGAGCCAAAGACAGGCAAAGUGAUCACACAAGCACAUUUCAGCGGUCUGGUCAAUACUAAAAUUGCGUGCUUGUCCUGCCGGGACAAGAAAUUGAAGUGCGACAAGAAGCUGCCUUCGUGCAGUCGGUGCCUAUCAAAAAAUAUACCAUGUGUGUAUCUUUCACAUAGGAAAACAGGACCUAAACCCACAACCAUACGUUCAAAACGUACCUUUAAGACAAGAUCUUCCAGUUUAUCAAAAGGACAUACCACAUCUGAUAGCACAUCGCCAAUAACCACAAUCUCAUCAAACGGAUCAACUGCAAGUCUGAAAUCUCCAACGAGAAAGAGAAAAAUGAUGGAUGACACAGACAUCUUGCAAACUGAGCCAACACAGAAGUUGCCCUUGCUGAUGCAACCUCCAGCUAAACCUGCUAUGCCGGGACUUCGACAGCUAAAUUUGGAGCAGGGAAACAACACUGCUUUACCUGUUGUGUCACAUAAUGGAAACACACCUGCAAGCAAUUCCCGCAGAGAGCAAUACCAAGGAACGGACGAUCUCCGGAGGUUUCUUUCGGCAUCUAAAUCGGAAUCUCGUGAAGACAUCUUGGGUCUCAAGGAUGUGGGUCUUACUAUAGUGGAUAUCGACAAAUUUCAUAAGUUUUACUUUAGGUCCAACAUUCGGAUCUUCAAGUAUUCCUCGCAGAGAUACUACGCAAAGUUCCUCCAGGAUCCAGCUUCCAUUUUGCAUUACUCGUACAUGAUAUGGACCAUUUCCGCGUUUAAUCUACCUGAGUACGAGUCAAAGGUCGAGAAUAUAUAUCGAAAGGGUGUGCGGAUUCUUGAUCUCUAUUGGAAUUCCAGUGCAGAUACCUGCCGAAUAGAUAGCUUAACGUAUCUUCAUGCUCUUUGCAUCAAGGCUCAAUACGAAUUUCUGUCUGGAAAGGAGGUUAGUUCGGCACUCACCAUCUGCUCCGCUGUUCGUAUGGCUCAGAUGAUGGGCUAUGAUCAAAUUGACAUUUCACCAAACACUUUGACCACGCCAACUGUCUUUUUCAAAACUUUCCCUGGUGGAUUUGCGAGUGAUCCAUGCGCAAGGAUGUUUGCUUCUGAGUUCAAGGUUGACGAUAAUUUAGAUCCCGAGAUACCCCUUAUUGAGGAGAAAAGGAGAGUAUUCUGGGAAGUCUACGCGAUUGACAAGUGGUAUUCUCUUGUUACUGGUUUGCCGUGUGCAUUUUCCAUCGAUAGUAGGUCUCUUAUUUGCACAAAACUCCCAUCACCAACAACAUUUCUUCCUCUCAAUAGUGAUCCCGAUUCGGUGGGUCAUCUUCCUGCAAACGAGCAGACUAGUUUCUAUCUUCACGAAGCAAUGCGCAAGUUGGAUAAAAACCAGGUUCUAAUAGAUUUGAACUCGUCCUCUUCGAAAAUCCUCUUGCUUACCAUUUCAGAGAACAUUAUCAAAUGGUGUAAGAUGUUCCUUACCAUUGUGGAACUCGGCACGCUUAGGACAGAUGAAAGCCUUCAGGCAAUCAGAUUGAAGAUUGACGAAUUAGUUAAGAACUUUGAGAACUUGCAGAGUAAUCUUCUUUUCUUUGACUUGACAACUGAGCCAUUGAUGAAUAUUGUGAUUAAUAACACGACCACUUUAUUAUAUCAGAGCGUGUUGUUGAAAUUGAGCAGUUUAUUUGAUCUUCAAUUUACAGAGGACAGCACCGGCUCUAACAUUACUGAAACAGAAAAAGCAAUAUUCACCGACAUAUUGAGCGAAGUCUCCGAGUUGAGUACAAAGUUGGUCCAGAGUUUCAUUAAAAAGCAGAGAAUAGAACAUCAUUUGAAAAAGGCUCCCGUUUUUAUCAUAUUUUCUAACAGUUUAAAGUCGUUAUUGCAGUGUGCAGCAUAUGUUACAAGAUUCCGUAGUAUACUUUCACUGGACCCUCAGAAGGAACAAUUACUAUGGAAUCUGAUUAAUACCACCAGGGAUACAAUUAGCAAAUUAAAUCAAAAGCAAAACACUGUCGCAAAGGUUCGCAUUAUUCUUGAAAAAGGCACAGACUUCGUUCGUAGAUCACCGGGAUCUUUUUCUUUCUUUGACUCUUUUCUUGAUGGGUGGUGA